AGAAAAACAUUAGUUAAUAAGUCAAAAGUAUAAAUAUUUUUAGGAGUUUUCAGUUAUAAAUGAGCUCAAUUAAAUACAAGUGUGAAUCGUCCAUCUCAAUAUUUUCCAAGUACUCUCAUUUGCAAUCAAGGAACAACAAACAGCUAUAGAAAAAGAAACUGAGGAAACAAAAAAAUAUUAAUUUACCGAAUAGGCUGGAAAUACCGAAAUAUAUAUUUACGCCAUGACCUCCGAACUCCGCAAGUAUCUUCUCUCAGGGUUCCAAAACUCUACCACUUCAUCCCCUGCCGAAGGGAGUAACUUGGAACUCGCUCUUCGUCGCCACGCGCAUGCCUUUGCCAACAGCAAACCUACCAAGAACCGCUAUAGUUUGGACCUGGAAAGUAAGUAUGGUCCUUCCUUCAGUGAAUUACUUGCUGACAGGUAUACGGGAUCGGCUCCGGGAGGUGUGAAAUACCGAGGAGCGGUGAGUGACCUGUCGACGAUCAAAAACAGGAGAUCUCUUGACUUGGAAAAGUUGGCCGCUAUCAACAACCCUGAUGGCCGUCGGCGGACGGUUACGUUUGACUUUCUAAAAAAUCCUGCAUAUUCUCAGUACGCAGCUGAGGAAGAAGGAUCUCAGUCUCCUCAGUACCAGUUAGGAAGCCAGAAAUUUCAACCCAAUCCUAAUGGAAACGCCGAGCCUGCGUUUACUCGUUAUACUCCUGAGGAGAAUAACGAACGGAGAGCAAGAAGAAGGAGGCGUGGAGAAGAGAUGAUGGAAAGAGACGAUAGUGUUGAACCAGAAGUCGAAACCAGUGGAGUUUCUCCUCAACUGGCACGAUUGGUUCAAGUGACACCUACUAGUUAUGCAGACGCUCAGAGGCUGAAGAAAAUGUUAAAAAGGGCUGUCAGUGGACCUAACGCAACCUUCGAGGACUUGAAACUCUACCGAAUGAGAAUGAAAAAACUAAGAAUGAUCGUUAAAGAAGAGCAAGAGAAGGAAAUAGAAAGAGCAAACGAAGAUAUGCGAGAACAACUUGCUCAACAGCAGCAACAUCAGCAGAGGAGUGAGUUAAGCGGGACAUCGACGUAUGGGUCAGGACGGUAUGGCGGGACCGGGACUGCUGGGUCUUCGUAUCUCUCCGUGCUUCGUCCGGUAUCGCGGGACGGUUCCGGGUCCAGGGACAAUACCGGAUACGUGAGCGGCGGCAGCGGCUACAGUUCCGGUACCGGAUCUCGACCGUCCUACAACACAACAAGUCGGCUGUCAACCGACUACGGUCCUAAAAGUGUUGGCGCAAUUGCUGCUAAGUUUGGCGACACUAAACCUUCUCGAUUUGGAGCAACGUCUCCACACUCAACACCAACAACCUCAAGCCUUUCCACUUCUCGUUUUAGUGCAUCAUCCCCACAAACAACAUCUAAAUCACCAGCUACAUCGUCUUCUCGUUUUAGGGCUACUUCCCCUACCACUACUCCCUCUCACACGACAGGGAUUGCUCAACUUCGAUCACGUAUAUCCGAUACAUCAACAACACCGGGAACCCGAAAUUCCAUCACAACAACUCCUCCGGACCCUCCUGUUAGAAGAAGCAGAGAUACCAAUACCGGUGCCCCAACGGUAACUAUACCUACAAGUACAAGUAUUCCGUCGUAUACCAGAACCAGGAGUGGUACUGGGUCAACUUUAGCUAGCACUACUUCGACCACACUACCCAGAACUCGGUCACGUGAGACCACAAACAACACUACGUCUUCCAAUACCUUCGAGAGUCCGUCAUCUUACACACCACGCAUUAAUCGUGAGAAUGCUAAUGACAAAUCUGGGUACAAUUCCGGCUACGGAUCAGACGCGCGUUCUGGGUACGGGUCUGACUAUCGCACGGGUUACAAUUCGUCUACAAAUAAUUACACCAGGUAUAAUUCGUACAGUAGAAGUAACAGUACUCUCAAGGAUGGAGAGUUUCGACCAUCUUAUAGUCGUGAAAGCAGUUCUUUUAAGCCGUACAGCAGGGAGAACAGUUAUCUUAGCAGCGAUGGCGGAGGUGGAAGGGCUUGGAGAAGUCGAGUUUACGGAACAGAAAAUGAUCGAAUUCCCACAUCCGAAAUGGUCAAUUCAACAACAAUGGCCAUAGAUAAGCCAGAAAACAAAAAAGGGUCGUUAGAUACUAGCGUUUUUAGGGAUGCAAUCGAUAAGCUAACAAAAGCUGCGAAGGACGAACCUGAUAAUAAGAAGCCAGAUGGCGUUUCUCCGAACGCCGUUCGAGUGCUUCCUAUUUUUAGCCCUGGUGACAUCAAAUUAAAAAACAAAGCACCAGCAGAUUUUACUUCAGCUUCAGAAGGUUCCGAUGCUGAAGAGGAAAAUAAACAGGAUGAAAAUUGUAAAAAAGUUUCUACAGAAAAGAGUAGGAUUAUAGAACCUCAGAAGAUCGAUUUAGCGCCAUCCAGCACAACGACGUCUCGUCCAUUCCGCCACUUGGCAGCAGUAGCACCCUUACCUUCUAAGCCUUCGAGUGUCACUGCAGGUCUAGCACAAACACCAACCUUCAAGCUUUCGACCCGAUACGCAAAUGCCAACACUGAAGCACUCCCAGUUUCUUCAGGCCCUUCAAAAUGGCUUCGAAACAGGGAAGACGACAAGCCCAGUCCUGAUUCGCAAUCAAAGUCCCCUUCUCCUAACCCAGCAGUGGCUACUCCAACUACUACUGGAUCAAUCUCAUCAGCUGGCAGUGCUGCUAACAAAGAUUGCAGAAAGUCCGUGCUUAAUAUGGACAUUAUCAACCCUGCACAGCAGGAGUUGAUGAGAAAACAACAAGAAGAAAAGCGUGAAGAGCUAAGAAGACUUAGAAGGCAGAGAGGAGAAGAAGGCAGGACAACACCGUUGACUCGAGGGGGCAAGGCAGAUGAACCUAGCGGGCCUGGUUCACCCGUGAGUUCGAGAUCUAUAAUUGACUCACGGCCCAUCCAAAGUUUGGCAGAGGAAGAACGACAGAGUAGUGACGAAAAUAAAAAUGACAAGCCACCAAUGGCACCGUCACUUGAAAAAACUGCUUCAAAAACUCGUCUUAUCGAGAGGAAACAUUCCAAAGGGAAGAGUGAUAGCUUGAGAAGAAGCGGUUCUUUCCGCCGUAAUCGUGAUCGUAAAUCUUCCCAAAACAGUAAGUCCUCUUCAUCAUCAUCAUCUGACAGUGAAGGUGAGUCUCCUCUGUCAAAAACGAAGAAUUCGAGUUUCAGCCGAAAACGUAGAGGCUCUCGUGACGACGUGAUUGGAUCAUCAGGCGAUAGUCGACCAGGUUCCCGAAUCAGAUCCGAUUUUCCUAAUGUUCGAAGAUCUAGAAAUAACUCAGAAAGCUUGAGUAAAACAAACUCUAAAAGUAAUAUUGUGAAGUCCCAAUCCGGAGAAAAAUCAAGAAGUGGAUCGAGAAAUAGUUUAAUUGAUAACACGUUGUCUUUGGGUCCUGAUAUCGAUAUCGGUGAAACAACAUACACCUUCACUUUGGGUAAAAAGGGGUCCGUACAAGAGAAACUCAGCCAAGAUGGUGUGGUAAGAACAAAACAAAAGAAGGAAACUGAAGUAUCUUCUGAUGAAGAAUCAUCAAAAUCCUCUGAAUCUAGUGAAUCUGGAAGUGAAGAAGGUCAAUUUUUUUCACUUGCUAAAUCGAAAUCUUCUAAACGAUCCCGAUCUUCAUGCAAUAAAAUAGUUACCGACCUGAAUAACUCAAAGUCAAAUGAGAAGUGCCAUAUAUCCCGAAACAGCUCCUCUGCUAACGUGGAUGCGUGCAAUGUCUCUGAGAGCCAAAAUGGUGUAGUUUCUGCUCAGGUUACAAUCACACUUCCGAAAAAUUCUUCAGCUCUCAAUUUGGAUUCGAACGAGAAGAAGAAUGUUGUUGAAAAUACGACUAAUGACGCGACCACAAAUGGAGGUUAUGAAGAGUUUCAAUGGCCAUCCGGGAGUCCUGAACUUCCUCGGAAGCAAACAACGGCAGCCACCGUCCACCAGAACGGUUACGAGGAAUUCAGGUGGCCGAGUAAAAGUCCCGAAUUACCGGCUGUGCCACCUCCGGAAACGGAAAGCACCUGCACCGAGUUUAAGUGGCCUGAAGGAAGUCCGGAACUUCCUAGAAGGAAAACCCAACCACCAACAGAAGAACAGUCCAACGAUGGAACAUCAGAGUUCAGAUGGCCAAGCCACAGCCCAGAACUUCCUCGGAAAAAUACCAACACUGAAACCAAUGGAACAUUCCAAUGGCCCGAUGGCAGUCCUGAAAUGCCACGAAGAAAUGUUCCAAGUUUCAUGAAGACACAAUGGGACACAGAAACAGAGACCGAGAUGACAGAAAUGGAACAAACUGAGUGGUCUGAUGGAAGCCCAAAAUCAAAUAGGAAACAGAUGCCUAAAUUGGCCGAAGAAACCGAAGAUGAAUUUAACUUCGAGUGGCCUAGCAGCCCAGAAAUGUCACGAAGGCAACCGUUCCAUACGCAAUAUUCAGGAUACGACACCCAAAACGAAAUGGAUAAUUUUGAGUGGGGCUCUAGCCCAGAAUUGCCUUUGAUGAAAGAUGAGAGAUACGUAACCGUCACUCGCAAUAUCGAUGAGAUAUUAAACGAUCAAAAUAAAAUUGCCGAUGAUUUUGACGAACUCGAAAAACUGUACGGCUUUGAAGUUAGCGAAUCUGAGAGAACGUGUAGCGAGAAAACUUCUCGACGGUCUAGUAGGACAAGCGAGAAAAUAACUUUGGAUGAUGGAGCUGACCAGAAACAAGCAGAUGAGGACGAGGAAGAAGAAGAAGAGGAGCAAGAAGAGAAAGAAAGAAGCGGUGUUAAUGAUGAAGAGGACCUCGAAAGCAGCAUCCCGGAGUCUACUCGUGAAGAGGAGAAGAGACAAACUAAGGAGUCUUUGAAGGAUAGAGCUAGGAACAACUUAUCGCUCUUCUUGGGUAAACUGACGAACAUUGACGACAUAGUGAGCUCAGUACUGAAGCCUCUGACCAGUCUGCCAUCCUCCAUCAUGAAGAAAACUUCACCCACCGCCGCCAGGAAGCUUAAAACAGAACAAGAGAAAAUUCAGAAGAAAGACGACACAUCCGAAGACGCUCCCAGACCUCCCGUACCCUCGGUCCAGUUCUACGAUCUUCCUUACUUGAGAGAAUCGAGUAUGGAAGAAGUGGACGCUUCAGACGUGAAGGUUCACGACGCACAGGCGAACAGAGCUGACAUCAUCGAACACAUCGAGGAGAUUGAUGCUUCAGCUGUCAUCGUCAGGGAGAAGGAGAAGAGAGAAGCCCUGCGAGCUGAGAUCAUCAAGGCCGUCAAAGAAGGGUUGGAUGACGCGUGCCUGCAGGUGUACAGGGAGGGCGACUACGCUACCUACCUCGACCUCGACACGCCCCUCGCACAGCAGACCGAGGACAUCGAUAACAUCACCGACAGUAAGAAAAACGCCAUCAUUCUACGCACGCAGCUGUCGGUCCGAGUCCAUGCUAUCAUCGAGAAGCUGCAUCACUCUGAGGGUCGGGAGCUGCGGCGGGCGCUGUUCUCGCUGAAGCAGAUCUUCCAGGACGACAAGGACCUCGUGCACGCCUUCGUACAGAACGAUGGUCUCACCUGUCUUGUCAGGGUCGGCACCACGGCAGACCAUAACUACCAGAACUACAUACUUAGAGCUCUGGGCCAGGUGAUGCUGUACGUGGAUGGCAUGCACGGUGUAGCAGAACAUCCAGAGACUGUACAGUGGCUGUACAGUCUACUGGGCUCCAAGUACAGACUUGUGGUGAAGACUGCACUCAAGUUGCUGCUUGUUUUCGUCGAGUACACUGAGAACAAUUCACUUGUUCUCGUCAGGGCCAUCGAGAACGUGGAUCUUUCCAAAGGUCUGCAGCCGUGGGCUACGUUGAUGCGUCUGCUGGAAGGGGCUGAUGGUCUGGACAUGGAGCUGCAGACCCACGCUAUGACGCUCAUCAACAAGACCCUUAACGGCAUCCCAGACCAGGAUAACUAUUAUGAUCAGACCGACUGGCUCGAGGAGCUCGGCAUGGAACUCCUUGUACAGAAGUUUCUUCACAACCCAAAUAGUGACCUGGACCUGCUACAGCAGCUCACCAUUUAUGAGGCCGUGCUCAGCUAUGAAGAUGGUGAUGAUGAGUGCCGCACUCGCACCAUCGACCCCACCAUCAGACAAGCGCCGCGCACGAGCGCGUGUGAGCGCGACGCGCAGGACCGCCGCAAGUCCCGCAGACACGCAGGCUCCCCCGCCCCCCCCAGGAAGAUAACCAUCAAGCGUCCCGGACACAUGAAGCCCCCCGCGGGGGGGGAGGAGCGCCCCCACCACUUCACCCCCAUCGCGGGGCUGCCUGUGGACGACCUGAGUCAGGGCCCCAGACGUGAGUCAGGGCCCCAGACGGACAACAGACGCUCAGUGUCGUCUGAUAACAGCAGCAGCAGUACAGCAGAGGAUGAGGCUGGCUGCGAGGUCCACGGGCUGAACCAACAAGCCACGUGGAUGUUCGAGAUGUUGUAUGGGGCGCGCAGUGGGGAUCCUACAUCCCGUAGUGGGGAUCCUACAUCCCGGCGGGAGUCCCUCACCAACAUCGAGGGCAUCGCCAGCAGGAUAUUUAGUCUGCAGGAUAAGGAGCCUGGCGAUAACAAUGUCAAGAAGGAACCCAUUGAGAUCCGCGCCGCUGCUUCUGUUCGGGAGUUAACGGAGAAGAUGCAGAAAGGCAUCACAUUAACGGUCGCUGAGCAAGAAAAGCUCGCUCGUCUUGGUGACAUUACCGGCAAGAUCGCUAAAGCCAAAGAGGAUCUUGAAAAAACCCAAAACAAAACCAAUUCCAACGAACCACAAAUACCAGAACUUCCUAAGAAAUCUGAGAACGACGUGCACUGGGAGAACCUUGUAAAGCACCUCAACAGAACCCUAGAACUCGGAGAUUUAGAUUUCACGGAUCUCACGGAAGCGGACGAUUUAGACGUGUCCGCAGUGUCGUGUUCCGGGGCCAGCGCCCCCCCACCUCCACCACCCCCACCAGGGGCUCCACCCCCUCCCCCGAUGGUCAAUGGACAUGGUAUUCCACCUCCACCACCUCCAGGAAUACCACCUCCACCUGGUGUUCCACCUCCAGCACCUUACG